UGCAAAGACCGACCCUGCAGUUCCUCCAGGCGCCGUUGGGAGGAAGCAGCGCUCCCGGGACGUUCCGCUAUGGGCAAACGAAGAAGAACGCGUGCCGUCAUCGCAGCAGCAGCAGCAGCAGACACAGCAACAUGUCGCUAAAUGGAGAGGAGGAAGACUUGGAGUGGGAGCCCCCCACCGACGCCGAGAUGAAGGUGAUCCAGGCCCGCAGGGAGAGACAGGACCAGAUCAGCAAAGUCAUGGGGGGAUACCUCCUCAAAGGAUACAAGAUGCUUGCCGAGUGCUGCGACGUCUGCGGGAACAUUCUGAUGCAGGACCGCACACACAAGAACUAUUGCGUCUCGUGUCAGGAGCUGGACUCGGACGUUGACAAGGACAAUCCUGCCCUCAAUGCGCAGGCGGCGCUGUCCCAGGUGCGCGAGCGGCAUCUGGCGGCUCACUCUCCGGCGGCGAGCGAUCCGGCCUACGUCGACGGCGGCGCCGUCCCGCAGCCCAGACCGGAGCACUGCGAGGGGGCGGCGGCCGGGGGCAGAGCCGUCGCUCCCGCGGCCGCGCCUUCGGCACCGGCGCCGGCGGCGGCCGCCGGCGGCCCGGGGGCCGGCGCCGCCUCACCGGCCCCGGCCCCGGCGCCGGGCCGGGCGGCGGCGACGGCGGCGGCGAGCGCGGCCGCGCGACCGGCGGCCGCGCGUCCCGUGCUGCGGGAGGCCGAGGAGGCGGUGCUGAGCAAAAUGCGCUGGGCCAGCAGCCAGCUGCAAAGUUGCGCCUCGCUGGAGUCCAGCAUCCAGCUGUGCCAGCUGAUCUCCAGCUGCGCCGCCUCCCUGCGGAGCCUGCGGGAGAUCAGCCAAUGAGGGCGCGCUGCCCUUUGAACUCUUAAGUGGGCUGUGACAAAGGUGUGAUGCGGCACGGGUGAGCGUUGUUGUUUUUGUAAGUUAUUUUCUCUUUUAAAAGAGGUCGGCCAUUAAAAUGAUUCAAGUGUU